GAUUAGAGUUUCCUGACUGCGUGGAGCGGGCGUGGAAGGAUAUAAACAAACUCCGAAGUCCUGGUUCCCAUGUGGACACAUUUAGCUCGUGAUGGAUCUUCCAAGUAUGCAAUGGCAAGAUCAUGUAGCACAGAAAUGGACCGGACUCGAUCCUGAGCUGAAGGAACAGUUCACAGCCCUGGUUGAGAUAGAUGAUGUUUUUAAAUGCACCCUCACUCUGACAACACAAGAUGAUCUGGACUUUGUGCAGUCCAUCUCUGCAGGACAUUCAGCCCACAAGGAUCCAGAGCAGGCAGCUAAAUGGAGGGAGAAGGGCAACUCCAGCUUCAAGUGCAGAGACUACACUGCAGCUGCUCUGCACUACUCACAGGGCAUAUGCUGUGCCUCCCAAAGUUCGGAGCAGCUGUCUCUGUGCUAUGCCAACCGCUCCGCUGCGCUCUACCAUCUGCAGCACUACCAGGAAUCACUUGAAGACAUAGACAGAGCUAUAAAAAACAACUACCCCAGUCGUCUACUUCACAAACUAGAAGAGCGUCGCACCCUGUGCCUCAAGCACCUCUCUGUGGGUCAAAAGGUAAACAAGGAUCCUCACUAUCCUGCCUCAGAGAAUCAGAAGAAUCCAGACAGACAAACCAAUGCAUCUGUUGGACCCCUGAUACCAGGGAUUAGUCCUCAAGCUGCCGUUAGUUUCAGCUCAGAGAAAGGGCGACACCUGGUGGCCACAGAGAGAAUCGCAGCUGGAGAGGUGCUCCUACAUGACAGGCCGUACAGCUGCGUCCUCAUACCGGGGAUGGAGGAGGUGAAAGGGAGGGGAAGAAAGCAGGACACGCAGGGAGGAGUGUUGUUUGGAACAGAACACAGGCGCUGUCACAGGUGUUUGACGGUGACGUUGUGUGCCGUGCCGUGUGACGGGUGUAGUUACAGCCGAUACUGCUCCACUUCCUGUCAGAGAGACGCCUGGGAGGAGCAUCACCGCUGGGAGUGUUCGCUGGGAGCAGAUCUUGCGGUGAUGGGUGUGAUGUCACAGCUGGCUCUGAGAGUCACUCUGAAGGCGGGGUUGAAAAAUGUCCAAAUGGCAAGUGAACCAAUCAGAGACGAGCAUGCAAAGCCACAGCCAAGCCGUGUCAAUCACCAUGGCCCUUCUUCUUCACACUACGGUGACUCUUACCUGAGUGUGUUUCAUCUGCUGCACCACCUGAAUCGCCACAGCCCCAGUGUGCGUUUCCUGUGUGCAGUUACCGCAGCAACACUGUACCUGGAGCUAAGUAAGGCAGGACCUCCACCUGCAUCCUGGCACCUGCGUAGACCCUCAGAGGAAAACAGCCAAACAUCAAAUGAGAAGGGGGACGGAGAAGGUUGGAGUGCAGAGCUGUGGAUGCUGGGAAGUGCAGUGUUGAGGCACAUCCUGCAGCUGAGGUGUAACGCGCAGGCCGUCUGCACGCUGCAAGAUACAGGAUCAGCGACGUCUGCGGUGCAGUCGAGCAGAGAAAUCCGGAUUGCCACAGCGAUAUUCCCAACUCUCAGUCUCCUGAAUCACUCAUGCUGUCCCAACACCAGCCUGGUGUUCAAGACUGGGACCAGUACUGAUCCCUCUGAGGCAGAGCUGUCUGCAGAUCAGAGCAAGAGAGAAGCUGGGUACAGAAGCAGCUCAUGUGGGGUCACUGUGACUGUCAGAGCGGCUGGAGUGAUCAGUGCUGGAGGAGAGAUCCUUCACUGCUACGGUCCUCACAGCAGUAGGAUGGCGACCAAAGACCGCCAGCGCCUCCUGCAGGAACAGUACUACUUCCUAUGUCAGUGUGAGGCCUGCACUCUGCAGCAGGAAGAGGGAGAGGGAGAGGAGGAGGGUACGGAGGGCAGACAGCAGCGAUCAGGACUCCUGUGUGGCAAGUGCAAAGGAUCCCUCAAAAAAAGCACAGAGGACAAAAGAAAAGGAUUUGUCUGCUCUCAGUCAUCAUGUGGUCAUCACAUAUCUCUGUCUGAAGUGAGCGGCAGGCUGCAGGAGAUCAGGCUCCACCUGGAGAAAGCUGGAGACCUUAUGGAGAGAGACAUUCCAGAUGAGGCUCUGAGGCUGCUGAAAAGGACCUGCAGUCAGUCUGGACUCAUCCUUGCAGAGACACACCCUCUACAGGGGGAGCUAGAGGAUGCUACAGCCAGAGCUUAUGCCACGAUGGGUGACUGGAAGAGAGCGGCCUUCCAUCUGGAGCGAAGUGCGACGGCCAUUAGCUCGCAGUAUGGAGAGGACAGCAUUGAACUGGGUCGACAGCUCUUUAAAUUAACUCAGCUGCACUUCAACGGUGGAGCCCGAGGGCCGGCGCUCUCCGUCAUCCCCAAGGUCAGGCGGCUCCUCUGCCUUCACUGUGGCCCUCAAUGUUCUGAAUUACAGGAGCUGCGAGAUAUGGAGGACUGUUUACGAGGAUAGAUGAGAGAAGAGAGAAGUAUAAUCCUCACAGUGUAACUCUGUUUUUACUGAAGUGAUUAAAAUCUGUGAGAUUUCAAAGUCUUCUUGAUGCGUCAUCCAGUCCCGCAGAGCUACCAAGUGGUCACAGGUUUUAACGCAGCUGACUGUGACUCUCUGACCUCUUGGUGUCAGAAUGUAUCCAUCAAUAAUUUCAAUUUCAUGCUUCAGUUACAGUCUCGCCAUGUGAGUCAACUUACCCACCAGGUGCUUCCAGGUUGAGUGUACCCCUCCAAAUAAAACAGAAUUAGGGGUA